AUGUCUUCUUUUGGAUACUCCGACAACAAGAGCCACGCCGCUCCCUCUGGCCCCGUCUCCACCUUCGACUCUCAGCCAGCAAACCAUGGAUCUACUCAGGAGUACGUUCGUGAGGCCGUGAACCCUGAGACCGCAAACACCGCUUUGACCGGUCAGGGUUCAGAGUACGCUCCUCCUUCUGGAACCACUCAGGGCUCUUACGUCCCUACCGGUGUUUCUACCCAGCAGUACACCACUGGAUCUACCGGCUACACCACCGGUGUUCAGGUUCCCGCUGACUACACUUCCUCCACGCAGCAGUACUCUACUGAAUCCUCCAACCAGGGCCAGGGCUACUCCUCUCACGGAUCCUCCGGCCAGCAGGGCGAGCUCCCGACCACUUACGGUGGCCAGGCCCAGAGCAAGCAGGCCCAGUACACCUCCAACGCUAACGACUUUGCCCGCGGCGACAACUACAAGCCUGAGGCUCCCGCGACCGCACACCAGCAGGACAGACGCUCCGAUGACAAGCACUACAACAUUGACAACCAGGCUGCUACGGGCCAUGGUACGGCUGGUAUGCCUGGUGCGCAGGGCGCCGCUGGUAACUUGCCUGGAGGACACCAGUCUUCGAGCUCCGGACAGCAGGCUGUGCCGGACAAUGCGGGACCCAACCCCCGUGGUGCCCUCUCUGGCCGUGCCGAUGAGAACUACGGCCCCGGUACCACCUCUACCGGUCAGCCCGCCGCUGGUGGAAACGCCCCUCACGCUCAAGAAUCCAUGAAGCCCUCCGCGACCGGAACCUCCGGCCCUACCACCAUGUCCGGUACCGACUCUGCUCACCCCGGACAGUCUGGCCUCACUACUGGCGGUGGAGUGGCCCCCGGAGAGGCUUUCGCUUCCGUAGGUGCUCCCCCCCAUGACAACAAGCCCCAACACCAGGACAAGCACCAAGGUUCCGGAAACCCACUCGAUGACCCCAAGGACCAAGAGGACGUGCCUAAGGGUCGGGGUAUCUCCCACGAUCAGAUCAAGCCCUCUUCCGGUACCGCCGCUGACGGAGGCGAUUUUGACGCUGCCAGGCCCGGCGCUGGAUACCAAGCCAUCCUCCUCGAGGAAAAGAUGGGUGGGUUCACGAACUCUGACAAGCCUGCCGAGGGUGACCACGCUGGUGAGUCUACCGAGAGCAAGGCCAAGAAGAUUGGUGAGGAUGUCGCUGCGAAGCACGGUACCCACCCCUCCAAGGGUGAGAGCCAGGUUGAGCACAAAAAGAAGGUUGCGGGUGAGACUGCUGAUCGGAUGCAGGAUGAGACCGAGGAUGACAAGAAGGUGGGAUUGCUGCAGAAGAUUAAGAACAUUAUCUAA